AGGCCAUUUGUUCUGCACCGUGGCAAAGAAAUACUCUGUUCUUUUUGCGGCGUCCAUUUGGUCGGCGAGACAGAUUUCAUCAUUGGCUAGUGUGUGCAAGUUAUUUUACGGGAAGUAUUCGAAAUAUAGUGUCCAAAGUGAUAAAACAUUGUAGCAGGCGAUUGUCCGUAACGUGGACGGAAUCAUAAUCGUUUAACGCCGGAAGAAAAUCGGAAAACUACGCGUAGGAAAUCAAAAUGCCGACCUCUGGAACAUUCAAGCUAUUUAUUGGCAAUGUCGAUGAGAAGACACAACCGUCGGACUUACGGCCACUGUUCGAAAAGUACGGGACUGUAGUAGAAUGCGAUGUGGUGAAAAAUUACGGCUUUGUGCACAUGGAAAACGAGGAUCAGGGCCGAGAUGCGAUUCAGAAUCUGGACGGGUACGUGGUCAAUGGUAAAGCUAUCAAAGUGGAAGCUGCCAGGAACCGUCGCGCGCCGAACACAAACACGACCAAGAUAUUCGUAGGCAAUCUGACUGACGUAACCCGCGCUCCGCAAGUUCGCGAAUUAUUUCAAAAAUACGGUACCGUUGUCGAGUGUGAUAUCGUCCGGAACUACGGCUUUGUCCAUCUGGAUCCGACCGGCGAUGUUAAUGAAGCGAUUCGUGAACUCAACGGCAUGAUGGUGGACGGUCAGCCGAUGAAAGUGCAAGUUUCCACCAGCCGGGUUCGUCCGAAGCCCGGUAUGGGUGAUCCGGAACAGUGCUACCGCUGCGGUCGUUCUGGCCACUGGUCGAAGGAAUGUCCGCGUUUGCUCUGGUCCGAAAGUAGAUUCCGCGAUCGUCCGAUGUACGCCAGGGAUCCGUAUCCACCGCCGCCGCCGCCACCGUUCCUUCGCGAGCGCAUUAUGGAUGGAUUUAGGGAUACCUUUGACUAUUAUGAUCGUUACGAUGACCCGAGGGAUUUGUUCGAGCGCCGCUACGGAAUUCGUGGGCGUGACUUUCCCCCCUUGAGAACACGUGAACCAAUGCCACCGAUUCCGCCGCUUAUGCGACGCAGUGCGGUCGAAAGUAGCCGCAGCACAAACUACGACUCAAUCUUUAGCCGUCGGACGCCGCCUCCAUCGAGCCGAAAUGGAAGUAGCAUUAGUCGCUUUGGAGUGUACGAAGACUUUAGUAGAGAUUCGUUCGAUGAUCGACGCCAAGGAUUGCGGGGACCAUCGCCCACCCACCGGUACGCUCCGUACUGAGAUGAGAUUCCUCCCAAUGGUACCAGUAGCGAGAGAAGAUAUCACUCCAGCUACUAUUAUGAGACUUGUUGAGAAAAAGUUCGACGAAUGGCACAUAUAAUGUAACCCGUAUCUCUUGGGAAGAAUCAAGGUAGUUCCGCGUUUCCUGAUGUUCUUUUAAAAUUGAUAUCAUAAUUGUAAUUAAGUCCAUCUUCCAUUUGCUUUUGACCAUACAUGUAGCGAAGAGGCUACGGCAAUAUUGUGUCUCAAAUAAUCCUAAUUUUAAUAUAUAGUCCAUUUGGGUGUGUUCUAUGAUACUAUCAGAACGCAAUAUAGUACCGCAUACACACAUAAUUAUCAGUUUUAACCGUUCAAUCCCAGUAAAAAAAUUGUAUUUGUAUUUUAGAAAAACCAACGCUAGACGUAGUCAUAGAAAUAGCAUUUUUUUUUCUUGAUCCAUGUGAACGUUAACUAGACGAAACCAUAGGACUAUAUGCAGCUGAGAACAGAACUAAUGAUAUUCAAUAAACGAUCAUCCUCUAUAUCAAUUUCAUAAA